CCAGGUUUGAAUCUACGAGUGUUUUUGGCUCGUGGGGUGGUGAACCCUGCACCCCAGCUUUCAGGGCCUUCGUUGGAGGUCGGGUAAGGAGCGAUUGGAUUCUCCUUUUCAACUUAUUUUUAAAUAUUGAUUGAGUAAUAAACAAGGUAGAACAAAAUGAGUUGGGCUUUGGAGGAAUGGAAAGAAGGUCUGUCUACCAGAGCCCUUCAAAAAAUUCAAGAGCUUGAAGGACAGCUAGAGAAGCUGAAGAAAGAAAGACAACAAAGACAAUUUCAGCUGGAAUCCCUGGAGGCUGCCCUGCAAAAGCAGAAGCAGAAGGUUGAUGAUCAGAAAAAUGAAGGGGCCACCCUCAAAAGGGAGAAUCAGAGCUUGAUGGAAACAUGUGAUAAUUUGGAGAAAAUGAGGCAGAAGAUUUCUCAUGAGCUUCAGGUUAAAGAGUCACAAGUGAAUUUCCAAGAAGGACAGCUAAAUUCAAGCAAAAAGCAAAUAGAAAAACUGGAACAGGAACUUAAAAGAUGUAAAUCCGAACUUGAGAGAAGCCAACUGGCAGUGUUGCCAGGAGAUGUCUCGACACUAAACAGUACGCCACAGAAGAGUUCUACUGCUCCCAUACAAUCAAGUCAUCAGAAUGCUUCCAAGUACGAAGAACUACAAGAAAAAUACAGUAAAGAAGUUGAAGAACGAAAAAGGUUAGAGGAAGAAGUAAAAGCUUUACAAAUUAAAAAAGCAAGUAAGACAGUUCUCCCAAACACCAUGAGUCAUAGGGAAAUUGCUCGGCAUCAGUCUUCUUCAUCAGUGUUCUCAUGGCAACAAGAAAAGACACCCACUCAUCAUUCAGCCAACGCUCAAGAAACUCACCUUAGGAGAGGUCUUACUGCCUUGCACAUUCCUUGGGAACAAGACACAACACCUAAUAGGAUGUCAAGUUGGGAAAUGGAGAGGAAAGAUACUAAUUGUAGUUUCCAUGAGAACCAGAGUAAUCCUCACCUGCUGGAUCAGAUAAAAGCUCAGAAUCAAGAGUUAAGGUGCAAAGUUAAUGAAUUGGAACAUCGAUUGCAAGGACAAGAAAAAGACGUAAAAGGACACAUGAACAAAUGGCAAGAAACACAGCUCCAACUAGAGAAAACAAAAUUGGAUUUAAUGGAGAAAGAGAAAGUUUUGAACAAAACUAGGGAUGAACUGAUGAGAUUAACAGCACAAUUUGAUCAGGCAACUGCCAAGUGUACAACACUGGAGCAAAAGUUGAAAAAAAUGUCUGAAGAUUUGAGUUGCCAAAGACAAAAUUCGGAAAGUACCCGAUGCUCUUUGGAACAGAAGAUCAAGGACAAAGAGAAGGACUAUCAGGAGGAACUCUCUCAUCAGCAACGUACCCUUCGGAUGCUGGACCAGGAAAGCACUCAGAUAAAAGCCAAACUAAACCAAGAGUUACAGCAAGCCAAAAGCACUCAAAACAUAUUGCAGGCUGAACUUGAUAAAGUGGUAGCAGUGAAACAGCAACUGGAGAGAAAUUCAGACGAGUUUAAGCAGAAGCUCUGCAGAACUGAACAAGCAUUGCAGACAAGUCAGACAAAGGAAAAUGAACUGAGGAGGAGCGUAGAGGAAAUGAUGCAGGAAAAACAACUUUUCAGUCAUCAGUUAGAUGAAAGAACAAGAGAAGUCUACCAACUGGAGGAAGAACUCAAGCAAACCAAACAUUAUCUAAAGCAGAAUCAGAAUCUUGCAGAAGAAAUGAAAAAUAAGAAUGCCAUUCAAGAGGAAGCUUUAAAAGAUCUUCAAGAAAAAAUAAAUCAACAGGAAAAAUCUUUGACUUUGGAGAAACUGAAGCUUGCAGUGGCUGAUCUAGAGAAGCAACGGGAUUGUUCUCAAGAUCUGCUGAAAAAAAGGGAACAUCAUAUUGAACAGCUAAAUGAUAAGUUAAGUAGAACAGAGAGAGAAUCAGAGGGAUUACUGAGUACCUUGGAAUUAAAGAAGAAGGAAUGUGAAGAACUAAAAAAAGAGACAACUCUAUUUUCUCAGUGGAAAAAUGAGAAAGAACAACUUUUGAAUCAGCUUUUAUUGGAAAAGGAAGGCUUGCAAAGCAAAAUUAAUCAUUUGGAAAUAUGUCUGAAGACUCAGCAGAUGAAAAAUCAUGAUGCCAAUGAAAGCUUCAAAAUAAUGGAAACUGAAAAAGAAAACUUAGGCUUGGAGAUCAGAAACCUUCAGAAUGCAAUGGAAGGAAAAAAUGUAGAAUUAGAAGCACAGAAAAGAGCUUAUGAUGAACUCCAGCUAAAAGCUGAAUGCUCAGAUAAGAAAUAUAAAAAGGAAAUAGAAAAUCUGUCUUUGAAAAUAGUUCAGGUAACUGAGGAAGUUGAACAUCUGAAACAAAAACUACAGUUGAUGUCCAAUGAAAUGCUGGGGAAAGAUCAGCGUUAUGAAGAAUUGUGUAUACAAUAUGAAAGGAUCAAUAGUCUAGUGAAAUCUAGAAAUAUUUCUCAAGUGACAAGUGAUGAUCGCUGUCAGGAUCUUUUGAUUUUAGAUCAGCCAGUUUUGAACAAUUCUUUUACAAAUAUACUUGAAAUUCAAGGAAGCCUACCUUUAAAGGGGGGAGAUCAGAACAGAAAAUUGCAUUUAGAAGACCAGAAUGUAAAAAGUACAGCUGUAGUACAACAUGAAGUUUCUUCAUUUGAGCUUCCGAUAGAGUCUCCAAAGAAGAUGAAUUCAGAAUUACAAAAACAUUGUGAAGAGUUGGUGCAAAUCAAAGGUGAAAUAGAAGAAAAUAUGAUUAAAGCAGAGCAUAUGCAUGAAAGUUUUGUAGAUAAGCAGUUUCAAAUGUUGCAUGAACGACGGGAAUCUGGACAAGCAGAAAUUGAAGAUUUAAAAAUCAAUAACCAAUUACUUGAAGAGUCAGUAAAGGAGCUGCAGUUGAUGUCUGAAACCCUGAGUUCUGAGAAAAAGGAAAUUAAUUUAGUUCUCUUUCCAAACAAGAAAGAAAUUGAAGAACUGAUGCAAGAAAAUAGGAAUCUCAAGGAAAUUAAUGCAAUUUUAAAUAUAGAAAAAAUGAACUUAAUGCAAAAAAAUUUCAAUUUUUCAGACUGCUUAAUUGAAAAGGAGAAAAAUAUUUCAGAGCUAUCUGAUAGAAACAAAGAGGAAGAGUCUCUUUUGGUAAAGAGAUGUGAAGAAGCUGAAAAAGGACUUGAACUUCUCAAAGAAAAAUAUAAAUUAAUGCAGGAAAAGAACACUGAAUUGGAAUGUAUCUUAAGUGAACACACUGCUAGUCUUUGUGGAAACAGAAAUAAUGAAUUGAGAGACUUGGAAGGAGCUUUUGCAAGAGAACGUGAAGAUUAUGUAGGCAGGCUAGCCCUAGCUGAGGAAAAAAAUGAGAAAUUAAUUCUUGAGAUGGAGACAGUACAGUGUGGACUGAGAGAUGAGAUUGCAGCUAUUCAAAAUAGUUCGAAGAUUGAAGCUGAUGGCUUACGACAAGAAAUUUCAAAUUUCAAGUGUGAAAAAAGUAUAAUACAAGAACAGUAUGAUGUCUUGCUGCAAGAGAAUGAUAGAUUGAUGAAAUUAGUUAAGACAAAAGAGGUGCAAAGGAAUGAAUUGGUUCUUACUGGCAGCCCAGCUUCAGAACACAUCAGUGAGUCUUUAAAUGAAAAUGGGAAUGAAUUAGAUAAUUUUAAGAUGGUUCAAGUUAAAAUGCUUCAUAUGAAUCUUGAAGCUAAAAAUAGUUCUUUAAAUACUUAUAAUGCACAAAUGGCACAACUUGAGGAAGUCAUUGAACAUAUGGAACUAAGACUUAAGGAAAGUGAAAAGGAGAAAGAGGUCUUACAGCAAGAAUUAGAAGUGAUUAGAAAGGAGUUAGAAGCUAGGGAUUCAAAGGUAAUGGAAAAUAAGCAAUAUGAUCAGUCAUUUGAAACCAACAACUAUGAGGACGGCAAAAGAGAAAUGGAUGAAAAGUAUGUUUCAGUUCUACAUGAACUAUCAACAAGCCAAAAUGAUAAUGCACAACUAAUGGCUUCAUUGCAGACAGCAGUAAAUAAGCUAAAUGAGUUAGAGAAGAUGUGUGAGAUUCUACAAAUUGAAAAGUUAGAACUAACAUCUGAACUUAAUGAUUCAAAAUCAGAGUGUAUCUUAGCAACUACCAAAAUGGCAGAAAAAGUAGAGAAACUAGUAAAUGAAGUUAAAACACUAAAUAAUGAAAAUGACCUUCCUGGUGAUCUUACUGAAGAGACUGAUAAAUAUGAAUUUGGGGGGAAAUGUAAUGAACAAAAGUCUAUUUGCUUAAAACUUCUAGAGGGCAGUAUCGAAGAUGGUGGCGACUAUGAACAUUUGAAACUGUCAAACAAAGAAGUUCAAAUGCAUUUUGUUGAAUUACAGGAAAAAUUUUCAUCUUUACAAAUUGAGCACAGAAUUUUACAUGAACAGCAUUGCUGCAUGAGCUCUAAGUUGUCAGAACUACGUUCUUACACUGACACACUAAAGGCUGAAAAUUCUGUAUUGUCAAUGAAUCUUAAAAACCUACAGACUGAUUUGAUGAAGCAGUGCACUCCUGUUAAAGAAGAAUUUGUACUGGAAGAGGGUGACUCUUUAUCGUCCUCUUGCAUGAAUGAAACCCCCAAUCUUGCAAGUUUUGUGGAAUCUUCUUUUUAUAAGGACUUAUUUGAAGAAACAAGAGCAAUAUCUUCUUUGAACAGUUUGGAAGAGAAUAUUUUAGACAAUCAGUCCAGUGCUAAUAUAGAUGAAGCCCCUUGCAGCAGUCCUGUGGUAGACUGCAUGACUAAGAGAACUGUUAGAUCUGAUCCCACAUUGAAUAUUGAAGAACUUGAGACACUUUGCCAAACUUAUCAGAUGUCACUGAAGGAUCUUGCAGACAAAUAUCAAAGUCAAGAGAUUAUGAAAGAUAAAGAGAUUGAAGAGCUUAAACAACUCAUAGGUUCUGAAAGGAGAGAGCUAGAAUCUCUCAGAGAGCAGUAUUUAUCAGAAAAUGAACAGUGGCAACAGAAGCUGGCAAGUGUGACUGUGGAAAUGGAGUCAAAGUUGGCAGCAGAAAAGAAACAGACUGAGUACUUAUCACUUCAGCUUGAAGUAGCAAGACUUCAACUUCAAGGUCUUGAUUUAAGUUCCCGUUCAUUCCUUAUUGCUGGAGGUGACGAUGCAAUUAGGAAUGACCAAGAAAACAGUGUCUCAGAUAACUCAGAAGAACAUAUUUCAUUCACUGAUGAAAAGAUAAUUAAGAGUGACACACUACACGUUUGUGAAGAAAAUGUUCAACAAACCUUACAUUUGGAGUAUGAGAAAAUAGCUGAAAUUGAUGGUGUCGGCUCUGCAGUGGUAUAUUCUAGGAAACUGAACUUAGAAAAUGAACAUAGAAAUUCAUCAGAUAAAACCCCAACCAAUUCUGAAUGCAUUAAUGAAUUAUCAUUUUCUAGUAAUGAUACUUCAGCAGCUAUGGAUUUCCUGGAGAAUCAGGUGCUCAUUCAGAAUCUACAAAUGCAGGUGAAAGAAACUUCAAAGGAAAACUUGAAGUUACUCUGUGGCAUAGAGCAAAGUAAUAAAAAAGUUGAUAGAUUGCUCAAUGAAAUUAAAGAAUUAGACUCCAAGCUGGAUUUACAAAAAGCUGAAUUAACUGCUAAGAUAUGCUUGUGUUCAGAAUUAGAAAAAGUCAUUCAGGAACUUCAAAAAGAAAAAUCAGACUUGAGUGAGAAAUUGGAAUCCCUCUCUUAUGAUAAUCAGCGAUUACUUCAGAGGGUGACAUCUUUGGAAAACUUAAAUUCUGGUUCAAGACCAUGCAAAGUUAUAUUCACAGACACUACAGAUAUUGAAGAUAAUCUAGCAAUGGUGAAUAAAGUGAAAGAACAAUUUCUUGAAAUAGAAAAUGAAUUGAAGCGGGUAAAAUCUGAAAAGAUUAAUAUUGAGAAUCAUGCCUUUUCCAUUGAAGCUGACUUGGAAGGCCUUCAAACAAAGCAUCUCUGUUUAGAAAAAGAUAAUGAUAAUAAACAGAAAAUGGUUUCCAAUCUUGAAGAACAACUUUCUCUGGUUAUAUCUGAGAAAAGCCACCUUAGUGGAGAACUAGACAUUCUAUUAAGGGAAAAAAUGCAAGUAGAAGAAAUAUGUGAAAAAUUGAAGGAAAAAAUUGAAGUGUUGGAGUCAAAUCAAAGGGAAUCCCUGCAACAUAUAGAAAUAAUGGAGUCUCAGGUAAGAGACAAAACACAACUCCUUCAGACCAUGUCAUCUGAUGUAAACCAACUGAUAAAAGACAAAGAUCAUCUCCAAGAGCAGCUUCAAAGUGUAGAGAAGGAUACACAGAUACUUAGUUUGGUAAAAGAUGGCUUGAAAAAUGAAAUUGAUCAAUUGAUCAAUGAGAAAGAGCUUCUUAUAAGAGAAUCAGAAAACCUGAAAACCAAAUUGAAUGAAUCAGAAGCAGAAAAUGUAAACCUUUCUAAGGUUUUAGAGAGUUCUCUAAUUGAAAAAGGUGAGAUUGCAGCAAGAUUGAAUUCAACACAAGAAGAAGUAUGUCAGCUGAGAAGUGGCAUAGAAAAACUAAAAAUCCGCAUAGAGGCUGAUGAAAAGAAAAAAUACUACGUUUUAGAAAAGCUGAAGGAAAGUGAACGCAAUGCUGACUCGUUUAAGGACAAAAUUGAAGCACUUGAAAGAGAAUUGCAGAUGUCAGAAGAAAAUCAAGAAGCAGUGAUUCUUGAUGCUGAGAAUGCAAAGUCCGAAUUAGAAACACUGAAAACACAAAUGGAAGAGUUAACGAAAGGCCUAAAAUGUUCAGAAUUGGAAUUAUUUGCCUUAAGAUCAGAAAAAAAUAUGUUGAAUGGAUUACCAGAAAAUCAGUGUCAGCAGUCUGAAUUGGAAGGGUUGACGGAGACCAUAAAAUGUUUAGAAACAGAAAUUAUUGCUUUAAGGGCAGAAAAAGAAAAUAUAUUGAAAGAAUUACAAGAAAAGCAAGGUCAGGUGUCACAAUUGGAACAGUUAGCCCAAAGUUUAAAAUUUGUUGAAACUGAAGUUUUUUCUCUAAGGUCAGAAGAAGAAAAUGUAAUGAAAAACAUGCAAGGAAGUAAAGGUCAAUUGUCUGAAUUAGAAAAGUUGACUCAAACCUUAAAUUGUUUAAAAUCAGAGCUUGUUGCUUUAAGGUCAGAAAAAGAAAUUAUUUUGAAAGAACUACAAGAAAAAGAAAAUAGAGUGACUGAAUUAGAAGAGUUGACCCAAUCUCUAAAGUGUUUGGAAACUGAAGUUACUUCUUUAAGGUCAGAAAAAGAAAAUAUAUCAAAGGAAUUGCACAAAAAGCAGAGUCAAGUGUCUAAAUUAGAAGAAUUGACUGAAACCUUAAGAUGUGCAGAAACUGAAGUUGUUUCCUUACGGUCAGAAAAAGGCAAAGUAUUAAAAGAACUGCAAGAAAAUCAAGAUCAAGUAUAUGAAUUAAAAGAAUUGACUGAAAGCUUAAAAUGUAUAGAAACAGAAGUUGUUGCCUUAAGGUCAGAAAAAGAAAAUAUAUUGAAAGAAUUAAAAGGAAAGCAAGAUCAAGUUUGCCAGUUAGAAGAGUCGAUCAAAACCCUAAAAUGUUUGGAAACAGAAGUUGUUUUCUUAAGGUCAGAAAAAGAAAGUACACUGAGAGAAGUACAAGAAAAUCAUUAUCAAAUCUUUGAAUUAGGAGAAUUAGUCCAAAUACUAAAAUGCUUAGAUUCUGAACUUAUUAGCAUAAGGUUAGAAAAAGAAAAUGUUUUGAAAAACUUACAAGAAAGACAAGAUCGAGUGUCAGAAUUAGAAGAGCUGAUCAUUAGCUUUAAAUGUUUGGAAACUGAAGUUGUUUCCUUAAGGUCAGAAAAAGAAAAAAUGUCAAAGGAGUUACAAGAAAAGCAGAGUCAAGUGUCUGAAUUAGAAGAAUUUACCCAAAGUCUAAAAUGCUUAGAAUCUGAAGUUGCUUCUUUAAAAUCAGAAAAAGACAAUAUGUUGAAGGAACUGCAAGAAAAACAGGAUCAAAUUUGUGAAUUAGAAGAAAUGAACAUGAGCGUAAAAUGUUUGGAAACUGAAGUUGUUUCCUUAAGGUUAGCAAAAGAAAACAUGUCAAAGGAGUUAAAAGAAAAGCAGAGGCAAGUGUCUGAAUUAGAACACUUGAUCAAAAGUCUAAAGAGUUUGGAAACUGAAUUUGCUUCUCUAACAUCAGAAAAAGAAAAUCUGUUGAAGCAGUUGUGUGAAUUAGGAGAGUCAACUAAAAACCUAGAAUGUUUGGAAAAUGAAGUUGUUUCUUUAUCAUCAGAAAAAGAGCACAUUUUGAAAAAACUACAAGAAAAGCAGGGUCAGGUGUCUGACUUAGAAGAGUUGACCAAAAGUCUAAAGUCUUUGGAACCUGAAGUUGCUUCUUUAAGGUCAGAAAAAGUAAACAUGUUAAAGGAGUUGCAAGAAAAACAAGAUCAUAUUUGUGAAUUAGAAGAGAUGACCAUAAACCUAAAAUGUUUGGAACCUGAAGUUGCUGCUUUAAGGUUAGAAAAAGAAACAAUGUUGAAAGAUUUACAAGAAAAGCAGGAUCAAAUUUGUGAAUUAGAAGAAAUGAACAUAAACCUAAAAUGUUUGGAAACUGAAGUUGUUUCCUUAAGAUUAGCAAAAGAAAACAUGUCAAAGAAAUUAGAAGAAAAGCAUAAUCAAGUGUCUGAAUUAGAACACUUGACCAAAAGUCUAAAGAGUUUGGAAACUGAACUUGCUUCUCUAACAUCAGAAAAAGAAAAUCUGUUGAAGCAGUUGUGUGAAUUAGAAGAGUCAACUAAAAACCUAAAAUGUUUGGAAAAUGAAGUUGUUUCUUUAUCAUCAGAAAAAGAACACAUUUUGAAAGAACUACAAGAAAAGCAGGGUCAGGUGUCUGAUUUAGAAGAGUUGACCAAAAGUCUAAAGUCCUUGGAACCUGAGGUUGCUUCUUUAAGGUCAGAAAAAGAAAACAUGUUGAAGGAGCUACAAGAAAAACAAAGUCACAUUUGUGAAUUAGAAGAGAUGACCAUGAGCCUAAAAUGUUUAGAAGCUGAAAUUGCUUCUUUAAGGUCUGAAAACAAAAACAUGUUAAAGGAAUUGCAAGAAAAGCAGGGUCAAACAUCUGAAUUAGAAGAGAUGACCAGAAAGCUAAAGUCCUUGGAAACCAAAUUUACUUCCUUAACAUCAGAAAAAGAAAACAUGUCGAAGCAAUUGUGUGAAUUAGAAGAUUUGAAAAGAAACCUAAAAUGUUUGGAAACUGAAGUUGUUUCCUUAUCAUCAGAAAAAGAAAACAUUUUGAAAGAACUACAAGAAAAGCAGGGUCAAGUGGCAGAACUGAAAAUGUUAAAUGUUUCAUUUGAAAGCCUACUGGAAGAAAAAGAAGAAGAAAAGAGAAAAUCUAAAGAAGAAUCUAACCAUACAAUAGAGUUGCUUCAAAAACAGUUGAAUGAUCUAAAUGAGAAAAUAGAAUCCUUACAUGAAGAGCAUAACAUAUGUAAGGUCAAUGAACAUGAUCUAAAUUGUCAAGUGGAUUCUCUAAAGAAUGAGAAAAUUCAUUUGCUGCAGCAGCUUGAAGAGAAAAAAAAUAAUAAUGCUGUGCUGAAAUCUUCUAUGAAUGACUUUAUUCAAGAAAUGGAAAACAACAAACAAAAAUUAGAGAAGGCAAUGGAAGAAAGCAGAAUACUUCAGAAAGAAGUUGAAAACCUCAGAAAGCUCUCCUCUACAUUGACCCAGAUGGAGGCAGAGCAGCAACUCCUGGAGAAAGAAAAAUCACAGCUGGAAAAUCUUACAGUAGAAUUACAACAAAAGAUCCAAGAAUUAUCCAAGAAUGAGACUUUGUAUGACAGUUUAGAAGCUCUACAAAGUUCUUAUGCCAAUCUGGAGAAUGAACUUGAGUUGACAAAGAGGAAAAACUCAUCUCUUCUUGAAAAGAUAAAUAAAGUGACAGAUAAUGAAUCUCUGCUAAAGAAGGAAAUGAAUGAGAUGAUGCAAAAGAUGACAUUGUUGCAAGAAGAAUAUACUGGAGAGAAGAACAGGCUUACUGAUGAUGUAAAAAGUAGAGAAGCAGAAGCAGAGAAGAGGAAAAUACAACUGGAUGAGCUAAUCCUGGAAAAGUGUGAACUGAAGAAGAGUUUGGAUUGUGUACAAAAAGAGCUGAAGGAAAGAGAAGAGACAGCAAGAAAUGAAAUAUCAGAUUAUCAGUGUAGGCUUCAGGAUGCCAAUAAGAAAUGUGAAACUUUACUCAAGGAAGCAAACAAAAAGCAUCAAAUGGAAAUUGAAGCAUAUCAAGAGAAACUAAUUUGUACAGAACAAGAUCUCAGUUGCCACAAGUCAGAGAUGGAGAUUUUAAAGUCCAAUAAAGAAGAAUUAACUAAUUCUCUGAAAUCUACUAAUAAGAUAUUAGAAGAAUUGAAGAAAACCAAGGCUGAUAAUAUAAAAUAUGUAACUCAGUUGAAGAAGGAGAAUGAAAAUGCUAGAGGAAAAAUACAGUUGUUGAUCAAAACCUGUAAACAGCUGGAGAAUGAAAAGGAAGCAUUACAGAAAGAAAUUACUGGCCUUGAAGCUCUGCAAGAGAACCAGAAACAAAAUAAUGCCCCGGAUGUUAAUGUAGAAGAACUGAUGGCUGAGGUGAAAGAACUGAAAGAAACUAUUGAAGAAAAAAAUAAAGAGACAGAUGAAUACUUGGAUAAGUAUUGUAACCUUCUUGUUAGUUAUGAAAAGCUGGAAAAAACUAAAGAUAUGUUAGAAGCGCAGGUUACUUUCCUGAGUUCUCUGCAAGGAAAACUUACCUCUCAGACUUCUCCUUUGCCAAACUCAAUUGAUUCAAUACACUCUCCAAGUCAUUCUGUUACUGAAAAGAAGACAUUAGCCAGUCACAGUAAAGUUUCAAGCAAGAGACGAAGGUCUUGUGGUGCCAAAGCAAGUGAUGGAGAAUCAGUGCCUUCUACACCAGAGACUUUUACUAAAAGGAUCAAAAAAGGAGUGGAACCAAAAGGUGCCACAUGCUUCUCCAGAGGCUUGGAGAACGCUGAAUAUGAGCCAGAAGGACUACCAGAAGUGGUGAAGAAAGGAUUUGCUGACAUCCCCACUGGAAAAACAAGCCCUUAUGUCCUUCGGAGAACAACCCUGGCCACGAGGGCCAGCACCCGUCUUGCUGCACGGAAGUUAUCACCUUCUUCUCUGAAUCUACAGAAAGGACAGUCGGAAAAUCUUGCUGAGACCUCCAAGCCAACAGCUGGUGGCAGCAAAUCACAAAAGGCAAAAGAUGUCCAUCAGCACCAAGUGGAAUCCCUUGUGACAGCCACAGAGCCUACCACAAGAUCUCCUCUUUCUGCAAAUAAUCUUUCAAAAAAACCUUCUGCUGACAUCCCUAAAGAGAGUGUGAGAACCAAGCGAGUCAGACGUUCCCCAAGCAAACAUGCUGUUCCUGAACAAAACAAAGAAGAAAACUGUAGGGUUCAGUGAAUUUUAAAGGGUUUCUGUAGUAUGAGUGCCAUACAAAUUAAAGAACAUUUUAUAAAAGGCCUCCCAAAGAGGUUUUUGUUUAGUUGUCUUGCAGUUGUCGAGUGUGUGUGUGUGUGUGUGUGUGUGUGUGUGUGUGUGUGUGUGUGUGUGCGUGCGCAUACGCGCGCGUUUUUAGAUGGGAAAUGUUAGAAGAAGAACAAUUGUAUUGCUUUUGCAUAUCAUUCUCAUUGUUGUUCCUCCGUGUACAGUAAUGUAAAUAGUCCUGUAUGAAGUUAUGUGGAAAAAGUUGUAAAAUACUUUAAAUAGGGAAUGAGGCAUUAAACCUACAAAACACAUUUUAUGUUAUAUUCAUUAAAAUGACCAAUAGUACCAAAAAUAUGUAUUGUAAUUUUAGUCUGUAUCAGGAGACAUAUGAGAGAUUUUGAGGAACGAAUUGUAAUAGCCAUAUGUCCACCUGAAUAAAUAAAAAGAAAACCAUGUAUUUUAGGAGUAAGUAAAAGAUAGGUGUAGUUUGUUUAUAGUAAAAUUAUGAUUUUGAAGUGUCUAUAGCUAACGUAAAUGAUUAAAAAUAAAAAAAAUACA